UCUUCCCUCUUAGGUGGAGUAUUAAGUUAUUUUCGUGGCUUAUUGGGAUCACGGGAAAUGCGUAUCUUAAUAUUGGGCCUUGAUGGAGCUGGCAAAACAACAAUUUUAUAUCGCCUGCAAGUGGGUGAAGUUGUUACCACCAUACCGACAAUAGGUUUCAAUGUGGAACAGGUUACAUAUAAAAAUUUAAAAUUCCAAGUAUGGGAUUUGGGUGGACAGACAAGUAUACGACCAUAUUGGCGAUGUUAUUACAGCAAUACAGAUGCCAUAAUCUAUGUGGUUGAUUCGGCAGAUCGUGAUAGAAUAGGUAUUUCCAAAGAUGAACUGUUGUAUAUGUUAAGGGAGGAAGAACUUGCCGGUGCCGUAUUGGUAGUAUUAGCUAACAAACAAGACAUGGAAGGCUGUAUGACAGUUGCCGAGGUACAUCAUGCUCUAGGUUUGGAAAAUCUCAAAAAUCGUACUUUCCAAAUAUUCAAAACAUCGGCGACAAAAGGUGAGGGUCUUGAUCAGGCUAUGGAUUGGCUUUCCAAUACAUUGCAAAGUCGCAAAUAGUCGUAUUUAUAAAAGUAAAAAAAGAAAAAUU